UCGCCGAUCCAGACACGCUCAUCAUAUGUUCGCUCUCGUCGCCGCCGCUGCGCCCUCGCUCCUCGGCUCGCGCACGCCGACUCCGAAGCCAACGGUCGCCUUCUACCCGGGCGCCGGCUCUCCCAGCGAAGUGGGCGGCACCGGCCUUCCAGGUGACAUCGGCUUCGACCCGCUCGGCCUCGCCAACUUUGAUCUCCUUCUCGACAGCGGCAUCGACAAGCAGCGCUCUGCCGCCCUGGUGCUCCGCGACUACCGCGACGCCGAGCUCAAGCACGGCCGCCUCGCCAUGCUGGCCGCCGUCGCGUGGCCGCUGCAGGAGAAGCUGAACCCGCUGCUCGCGGCCCGCUUCCACAUGCCCAACCUCGUGGCCGAGACGGGCGGCCUCUCUCCCUCCGUCCUCAACGGCGGGCUCGAGCAGGGCAUCAUCCCGUCGGCGGUCGUCACCUUCGCCGUGCUCGUCUCUCUCGUCGAGGCGCAGGGCCUGCGCAUCAAGAAGGCGCAGGGCGAGGCCUGGAUGCCCGGAGACUACACGACGGCGCGCAUCGCCGAGCGCGGCUCGCCCCAGUUCUUUUCGCUCCAGGAGGGCGAGAUCUGGAACAGCCGCAUCGCGAUGCUCGCCGUCCUCGCGUACGUCGUGCAGGAAGUGGCUUCGGGCAUCCCCACCGCCGCCACCAUCCCCUUCUGGGGCUUCUAAUAGUGGGGCGGCCCUCGUGCUGGUGUCCUUGUCGUGCUACAUUGCCGUUCCUCUUGUGUUGUCGAUGCUGCAGCUGCUUCCGCACUGCGUGAUGUGAACCCCUCCCUGCCCUCUGUGGACCGCCCUCUUUGACGCGCAUGCACCCCGUUUGGCGCCGUGCCGUGCCGGAGAUGCGAGGGCUUCUGACAGCCUGGGCAUCUCGCCGGCAAUGGUGCUCUUCGUCCCGGGGCAUGCGUACCUAUUUUUGCGUUUGUACUGUACAUAUCCUCAUCUACUGUGAU